AUGGCGUAUAUGCUUCCUCAUCUGCAUUCUGGCUGGGCUGUGGACCAAGCCAUCUUAGGGGAGGAGGAACGAUUAGUUUGUAUUCGGUUCGGCCAUGAUUACGACCCACAAUGCAUGCAAAUGGAUGAGGUGUUGUAUAACUGUGCAGAGGAUGUUAAGAACUUUGCGGCGAUAUACUUGGUUGAUACUAGAGAGGUACCCGACUUCAACACAAUGUAUGAGCUGUAUGAUCCUGUUACAGUUAUGUUCUUCUAUCGGAAUAAGCAUAUGAUGAUUGACUUGGGUACGGGCAACAACAACAAGAUCAAUUGGCCUAUGAACAACAAGCAGGAGUUCAUAGACAUCCUCGAAGUCAUUUACAGAGGAGCCCGCAAGGGUCGGGGUUUAGUCGUAUCACCGAAGGAUUACAGUACCAAAUACAAGUAUUAA